GUGACCUGUAACGCUUUGCAGCAGCGGGACGACUGACGGCUCAGUGAGAGGAAGUUAACGUCUGUGUUACUAUGUGACCUAAAAGAAGUGUGCCGUAGACCGAAACGAUAAAGAGGACGUGAGCAGCCUACAUGGAUAUUGUGGACACCUUCAACCAUUUAAUACCAAGCGACCAGUUGGAUGACUCCCUGGUUAUAGGUCAGAAUCUGGAAUGUGAGGCCAGUAAUGAGUUUGGACCCGGACCCCAGCUGGACGACUCACUCAAGAACAUGCUCAGCGACAAAGACCCCAUGUUUGGGUGUGCAAGCUCACAUUUUAACCUGCUGGACAAUGAGGACCCAAGUUUUCACAUGUCUGGUUCAGCAGCUGGCCUUGGUUCAAUACCCACUGGCCUUGAAGAGACCCCUCGAGUUAAGCUGCCUGUCGGCAGGCCACGGAAGCGUCCUCGUCAUGUAGAAAUCGAUCAUAUUGGAGACACAGACGUGUCCAAGAACAGUGUGCAACCCGCCCCUCACAACCCAUCACAGUCAUUUCUCAUUGAGAAGGGGGUUCAAGGCUCCCAGCUUAAGAAAGAGUUAACAGAAGGAGGACGCAUUAAUAUUAAUGACCUUGAUGGUGGAUUGUGGCUUAAUCCUUCAGUUGAAUUAAGAAGAUUGACAGUGACAAUUGGUGGGUUCAGGAUAGAGUUGCUUCCAGGACCGUCAUACAUACAGACUACUGACCCGAUGAUGGAUGAUAGUUUUGCGUUUGAUGAGAACCUUGGUUUCCCUGUGUUGCCUGAUGAUGCCAUCGGCGCCAAUAAGCACAUACAAGAGGUAGCCCAGGUUGAUGUAGUAGAGAGUGGUUUUGACGACGAAGCAACUCUUGCCUUGGGCCCAUAUGUAAACCCUAAUGAUGUGCAGAAAUCAAAUGGAGCUGACGUAAUGUUCCCCUACACACAAAAGACAAAAGUUGACAAUCAAAUUGUGCCUGGCAACAAGAGGUCAGUCUGUCAUAAAAAAGAUGCCAUCCAACCGAACAACAAGGGCAACAAAAUCAUAGGUGCUACCAAUGUAAAGGGAAACCAGACCGCAGUGAAGAGUCUGCACAGACCUAAAGAAGGCCUCAUGUCUCCAAAAAGUAAACAUGUUGCUUUGACUAAAACAAGCACCAUGGUCAAGACUCAUAAGGAUUCUGAUAUCACGCCAUCUAAAGUCAUCCCUAAAGGAGACAUGCACAAAAUCAAGUCGCCCAAGGAAAAGAAGAUCACAGACCCUUUGAAACGGCCUGCGGAUGCCAACCCUGGCAUCCCCGGUGCUAAACUGCAAAAGCUACAAAUGAACACAGACCAUAAAGCCAAGCCAAAAUCGUCAGUUAUACCGACAUCCCCUCUGAAGAAGACAGCCACAUCUGGGAAUCGCUCUAGUGAUUUACACAGUCCCAAAAAACCCAGUCAUCUCGCCAACAGCCAUAAAGUCGAGCCAGCAAACCAAACACAUUCCCGUCCUGAUAAUUCUUUAAGAUCACCUGAUGAUGGAGGGCAGGAAAAGCCCAAAGUGAAAAAGCCUGAAAAGAUCCUUCCAAAACAAAAAAGUAAAACUCCAAGAAGCAUCUCUGUGGAUGAGCCGCAGCUGUUCAUCCCUGACAAUGCCCCAGUUGUUGCAAAGAAGGACAGUGCUGAGGAGCAGUCUGCUCAUGUGGAAGAAGCGGUGUGGGACGGUAACAACUGCUGUGGUCUCUGCAAGAAACACCAUAACAACUUGUUCAUGGUGGGCUGUGGUCGCUGUGAAGACUGGUUCCAUGGUGACUGUGUCGGCCUCGACCUGACAAAGGUGCAUGAGAUGGAAGAAGAGGACCAGAUGUACGUUUGUUUGAGGUGCUGCGAGGAAGAAAGCAAGAAAGUGGAGACAGAAAUGCCAAGCACCAAUGUCAUGGCUGAAACGAAGGAAAAGACUGAGGCGAAAGCCCAGGAUCUCAAGCCCGCAUCUAAAGCCAAACCAGGACCUUCCCAGUCUCUCUCUUCAGGGGGGGUCAGGCCAGUAAGAAAGGAUGCUGACCGAAGAUUAUCUGUGGAUGUCAAAGAAGCAUCCCAUAAAACAGGUGGGAAGCUGGAAGCAAGAAGCAAGUCUUCAUCGUCUGCAAAGAAACCUGCCUCCGUCGAAGAAAUCAGACGCAGUGUACGUGAUUCACUAAAAGAAAUCCUCAUACAGAGGUUGAAGGAAUCUGAUUUGAAGAUCUCGGUAGAGAAAGCUUAUGAAGUUGCAAAGAAGACGGAGCGGGAGCUUUUCCACUUGUAUAAAGACACUGAAAACAAGUACAAGAACAAGUAUAGGAGCUUAAUGUUCAACCUGAAAGACACAAAGAAUAAUGUGCUUUACAAGCGUGUUCUGAGAGGGGAAAUCUCACCUGCCAGUCUAAUUCGGAUGAGUCCUGAAGAGCUGGCCUCCAAGGAACUGGCUGCGUGGCGUAAAAGAGAGAAUCGACAUACAAUUGAAAUGAUUGAAAAAGAACAGAGGGAAGCGGAGAGAAGGCCGAUCACGAAGAUCACACACAAAGGUGAAAUUGAAAUCGAAAGUCAAGAGCCGGCUAAGGCACCGGAGCCAGCAGAGCCUGCUUCUCCAGUCAAAGUAGCUGAGGUGGUAGUGGAGCCUCCAAAAGCUCUGGAGAAGAAAGCGGACAGUGUGGAGACAGAGAAAGACACAACGCACCAACACAAGUCUCACUUGUUUGAUCUGCACUGUAAAAUCUGCACAGGUCGCAUGGCUCCCCCGGUGGAGGAGGCGCCGAACAAAGUGCUCAAAGUCGCGACGACGGUGGUGAGGAGGCAGUCUGCGAUAUCGGAGGAGCCAAAGACCACAAAUCCUCCGGGGGUCGAUGACGACGCUCUCCACGCAGUCCUGGAGGAGAGCCUGCGAAGUGCCCAGUCAAGCUACGAAGGACGGUCCGAGCACACCGUUGGAAGAGAAGUGGAGACAGCGUUCCUUUCCAACCUGAAGUCAUUGUGGCGAGGGUUCAUUAACAUGCACGCAGUGGCGAAGCUUGUGACAAAAGCUUUUCCUGUUUCUGGGGUCUUGGACAACUUGAUUCAGGAUCUGCCAGACAGCAUCCAAGUUGGGGGCCGGAUCAGCCCGCAGAUAGUCUGGGACUACUUUGAGAAAAUCCGUGCGACGGGAACUAAAGAAGUGUGUUUGAUUCGCUUUUCUCCUGAGACUGAAGAAGAUGAGAUUUCCUACACUCUCCUCUAUGCGUACUUUAGUAGCCGCAAGCGCUAUGGUGUUGUGUCCAAUAACCUCAAGCAAGUGAAGGAUAUGUACCUCAUCCCUCUGGGUGCUACUGAGAAAGUGCCACAACAGCUUGUUCCCUUCGACGGACCAGGUUUGGAAAGCAACCGCAACAACCUCCUCCUUGGACUCAUCAUUCGUCAGCGGCCGAAAAGAGAUUUUCUUCCGGUGGACUUGAACGAAACGGCAAGGGUCAUUCCUGAAGUCAAGCCAAUAAGCAUAUCUCCGAAACAGAGCAAAGCAGCUGGAGUGGAAGAGAGUUUCUUCCUCACCGCCAUCCCUGCUGCUAUGAAAACUGAGAAGGAAACACAGCCAAAAGCUAUUGAGGAGGAGGUGGAAGAAGAAGAGCCAGUAGAGGAGAGUUUUGAUGAAACAUCUGCCACCGAGGAGAGCGGCUCUCAGGAGUCGCUGAAACCCCUGCGCUUUCUUCCUGGGGUGUUAGUGGGAUGGGGCGGGGAGCUCCCCCCGCUGCCUGAUUUUAGUGAGAAGUCCAAACCAUCAGCAGAAGAAGUCCCCACAGUCAGUUCAGCCUCGAAGACUGAAGCCCCAAAAAGCACGGUGCAGAGGGAACGUUUCGUCAUCAAGAAGAAGGAAUCGAAAACCAUAAAAGUCGAGCCAGAGGACUCAACUAACAGUGACAAGCCUGGUGCCAGUGACUCGUCUGGAAAAGAAGCGCCUGCACUUCCUCAACGUGUCGGCUUGUCGCUCAAAGAUAAACCUCCGGACGUGUCAACCACAGCUUUCCUGGCCAGUUUGUCCACGCCUCAGAUUUCAACUGAAUCCACUGACACAGCACUGGACAAGGAGGCCGAAACAGGAACAAAUGGCGGCCAGAGUGUAUCGAAUGGCUCCAAACCUCCUCUCAGUGGAAUUUUGAAAAAAUCUUCAGUGUACCCCGUAAAUGAAGACACCUCACACAAGUCAGAAGAUCCACCCAAACCAGCCGCUGCUGAGGGCUUGAAGAAACAAACAAUCACAACGUUUCACCAGGGGUAUCUACAGAUGUCUCAAGCUGAGAGGAAAACCAAGGAGCAAACUGCUGUUGGAAAUACUGUUACGACAGAUGAGCAGCCAAAGCCAGACAGUUGUGUGCCUGCUGAGUCUUUGUCUGACCGUCCUGACCCCCAUGAGAACAAUCUGUCAUCGGCUCUGUCACCAAACCCAGAUGACAACGACCACAGUGUGACGUCAGACAGUGAAAGCGCUUCACACUCGCUGUCCUCAGAACAUUCCUCCCAAUAUAGAGACACCAAACGCCAAGACGAGUUGUACAGUGACCCCUGGGAGAGGCCACGGAACACCGAGGACCGUCACAAGAGGGAUCACAGAGGCCCCCAUCACGGGAAGAAGAGCCGGCACCACGACCGGGAACGGGAGAAGCCAGAGCGUGGCUACGACGACAAAUACAGAGAGAGAAGUCGACACCACAGCCACUCGGAGGACCGCUACGGCGAUAGAAGGAAAGAGCGGCAGCACAGCGACGACUACGCCAGCCGCCACAAAGAGCGCCACAGACACCGCAGAGACUCGGACAACGGACGAAGAAGUUCAAAAGACAGCUACUCUUAAUAUUGUCACCUGUUGGCAGGUAUCAUGGUUACAAAGAUGACUUAACCAUCACUCGCUAUUUUCGUUCCACCUGUUGGCAGCUCCGUUUUUUUUCUUGUCAACACUGUGUCCUAGAAGUCCAUUUCACUUUCAUCGCCAGUAACAUUUUUCAACUCAGUCCGUUUAUUAUAAAUUUCUGUACACGUUGGUCUUCUCACGGACUGCUGAUUUCACGAUUUGUCCAAGCUUGAGCAUUUGGCAUGAAUGUACCAGAGACAACAGUUCUUACCUACUUUUAAAAAAGAAAAAAAUCAACGAAAAUAUUUUAUACUUUUCCUUUUAAAGAGAGUAUGUACAUUUUGGCGUGUAAAGAAGUGUGCCUUUGCACUGUUUUAUGUACAGUUGGUAAUAAAGCUAAUCCUUUUGUAUUAUUGAUUAUAAAAAAGACUCAUAUUUCAUUUGUACAGUAAAUAUAUUAAAUUAAAGAGAAUCUUGACUUUGUUUUCUUCUCCUACAAUUGUCUAUUACAAACCAUUGGAAAAUACUUUUUUUU